AUGCCGAGAGACGGCUGCAAAGAAUGUUCCCGACGUCGUAUCAAGUGCGACAAAGGCGCGCCUGAGUGUGCAAAAUGUCUGAAGAAGGGCAUCAAGUGUACAGGCGUUGGCCGUCAGAUUAGGUUUGUCGAGGGCGCGAUCUCGAAGGGAAAGCGCAAAGGACAGACGUUUCCUGCUUUUCCAAACUUUACGACAAGGCUGAAUCAGCACUUGAGUAACGCACCUGAAACGAUACAACAUUCUGAGUUACGAGCAGAAACCCUCGAACAACUCACCGGCGUCGACUUAUCAGUAGAGAAUGUUGGCAAUGUUGAGAUUGACAACACGGACGAUAAUGUCGAGGAGACUGGACUGAUCCUCCAUCGGCGACAGGAUCGUCAUUCAACAUACACAUCAACGGAUGACAGUACCACUAUCUCAUUUCGUCUCGACCCAGGUGCUGAUUCGACAUUGGAGCUGUUGAAGCCUGGUAUACAGAUGCUCUUCAGUCACUUUUCACAAAACAUUGCAUCAAUCAUGGUUGUGUUUGAUACUGGAUCAAACGGCUAUCGCAACGUCUUGCUUCCACUGGCCUAUCAAGAUGACCUCGUCCAGCGCGCAGUAUCUGUUGUUGCUGCCUUUCACCUAUCAUCAAAGCAACCCAAUCUUCUCCCUCUCGCAGAGACUGGACGUGCCGAAAUCAUAAAGAGGCUGCGUGCAGAUGCUUUUGCCAAAGAAAGUAACAAAGUCUUUAGCAUGUCCACUUGGGCUACAAUCAUUCUCCUCUUGGUGGGAGAGACUGUCACUGGCUCUCGAGACUUUGUUCAUCUGUAUCCCAUGCUCACCAAUCUUCUGAGCCACAAUAGACUUCUGGAAGCAGAACCAUCGUCCGAGCGAGGUUUCUUGCUUCAGCAGUCCCGAAUGUUCCAACUAUUCACUCCGCCUCUUCUCGACCUAUCUCAAGGAUGCAAGACGUUCGAGAAGGAUCUGGACUUCUACUUCGAUUUCAUCUUUACUCAAACAUAUUCAGAUGUGCCGAACGUUUUGGAGAACACGAUGAUCUUCCGCCAGUCCAUUAAGCAAGCACGCAAUAUAUACAUGCGCCAAGCAUUAGACAAUUACUAUCCUGGACAACUCUACGAUGACAUCGAACAACUACGCCGUUUGGUCCUGCCCAUUCAUCCGGGCAGCCCUUGUAUGCAUACACUACCCUGGGUCUAUUUCGUCGCCGGAGCUUCCAGCAAAGAUCAAGGUCAUAGAGACUUCUUCGCAGGCAGACUUGCCCAGGUCUACGAGAAAACGCGGAUGAACAGUAUCAUCGUAGCAUUAGAACGUCUCAAACAGAUAUGGCUACUGCAGCCGAACGGCGAAUGGGCUCGAAAUCCUAGCUUGGUGGACCCAGUGCUGAUCAUAUGA